UCCUAUCAUUUAGACAUAAUUCAACAGCAAGUUACUUUAGUCCAGAAUGGCGUCGGUUUUGGUUUUGUGCACUACCCAAACAUUAAUUCUGAUUUUGUUGCUCCAUUCAGUACUGCUUGUGGGUGUCAAAGCACAGAUGCAGGUGAAUCCCUUAUACUACGAUUGUUCAAUGCCCAAUAAUUAUUCAGAAAGAAGCAAAUUCCAAUCAAAUCUUAACCGAUUGCUGUACAGAUCACUAUACAAUAAUGGUAGUGAUUUCAUCUAUACAAAAGCCAGUGAAGGAGAAGACCCUGACAAAGUUUAUGGACUAUUCCUCUGUAGAGGAGACGUUGUACCUAAAGACUGCAAAAACUGCAUAGACGUGGCAAGAGAGCGGAUUCAACGUGAAUGUCCGCUCAAGAAACAGGCAAUUAUAUGGUUUGAUGAGUGUUUGGUCCGCUAUUCUAAUGCAUCUUUCGUGUCCAUGUUAGACACCUCGGUUUCUAGGAUCCUCUAUGACGCACAAAAUGUUUCACAGCCAGAACAAUUUAUGGGGAAUUUGAGUGCAAUUUUUGAUAAUGUUAUCACUCAAGCUAUUACCGUCAGUCUCAAUCUGAAAUAUGCUGACAAUUCUGAUAAAAUUAACGAUUUUCAAAGAUUGUAUGGCAUGGUGCAGUGUCUACCUGAUUUGUCAGCUCCAGAUUGUGUCACUUGCCUGAGAACUACUUUGUCUCAAAUGAGUAUAACACUCUUGGACACCAAAAUACCAACAGGAGGCAGAGUUCUUCAUGCAAGCUGCAAUUUAAGGUACGAGCUAUAUCAACUCCACACCAGUUUACCGCCAUUGACCAGCCAGGGGAACGAAGACCAAGGCAAAAAUACUUCAAAGACAAAGCUUAUCAGUAUCAUUAUAGGUGUUACACUAGCAAUUUUAGCUGUUGUACUGGCAGGAACUUGCUUUUACCUUGUAAAAAGAAGAAGACGAACAGAGAAAGAGAGGAGUGAAAAGAGUCGAGAACUUCAAUUGCUUGACAUAAUAGGAGAAACACUUGAUGAGAAUGAUGAUUUUGGCACAGAAAAGAAGGGGAGAUCCAGAGAGUGUCCAGUUGUAAAACUAGACCUCAUUCGAGUGGCUACACAAAAUUUUUCUGAAGAAAACAAGCUUGGAGAAGGUGGAUUUGGUCCUGUGUACAAGGGUACACUACCAUAUGGCAUAACAAUUGCAAUCAAAAGGCUGUCUAGAACGUCCGGUCAGGGACUGAAAGAGUUCAAGAAUGAAGUUGCCUUAAUUGCCAGAUUACAACACAGAAAUCUUGUGAGGCUCUUGGGUUGCUGUUUAGAGGGAAUCGAAGCACUGCUUAUCUAUGAGUUCAUGCCCAACAAAAGCCUGGACUUCUUCCUUUUUGAAUCAAGAGAAAACAAGAUUCUGGAUUGGAGACAACGUCUCCACAUUAUUAAAGGAAUAGCAAAGGGCAUUCUGUAUCUACACGAGGAUUCUCGACUAACAAUCAUUCAUAGGGACCUAAAAGCUAGCAAUGUUUUACUGGACAAAGAUAUGAACCCCAAGAUAUCUGACUUUGGAAUGGCAAAGAUGUUUAGCGGAAAUCAACGAGAAGCCAAUACAAAUAGAGUUGUUGGAACCUAUGGAUAUAUGGCUCCUGAGUAUGCUAUGGAGGGACUUUUUUCUACUAAAUCAGAUGUGUUCAGCUUCGGUGUUCUGUUGCUUGAGAUAGUAAGUGGAAGGAAGAACAAUAGCUAUGUUUCCGAAUAUGGUCAGAGUCUCCUUAAUUUUGCGUGGAAGUUGUGGCGUGAAGAGCAUGGAUUAGAGCUUAUGGACCCUUGCUUAUCGCAGUCUUGUGUGACAACUGAGAUAACAAAAUGCAUCCAUAUCGGACUACUCUGCGUUCAACAAGAUCCAGCAGAUAGACCUACCAUGUCCUCUGUAGUUUUUAUGCUGGAAAAUGACACUAAAACACUUCCACAGCCAUCACAACCUGCAUUUUCUAUUGGGAGACUUGCCGUGAGAUCAGCUGAACCUCAAUCUAAUGAUCAGUUGUGUUCCGUUAACGAGGUCACUUUAUCAAUUAUAUCACCCCGAUGACCAUUAAUAUAGGGUCGUCAAGGAUCCGGCUCCUCUCCAUUUUCCCCAAGUUCCUCCUUCGAGUGGUGACACAUGAUAUAUGUUGAAUUUAAUGGUUACCAUUUAAUUGACCAGAGUAAAUCCCUAACCAUUGUUGAGAUAUCAAGUACUCCAUAUCAAUUUAGUUCCAAACAUUGUUAUAAUCCCACAAUCUUAAUUCUUCCUGUCCAUAAAUAUAGUAAAAAAAAUAUACAUCUUCCUACGCAAGAUCUAUAUCCUUAUUCUGCUACCUUGUCGAUAACUGGACCG